UGUUCAAAUUUCGUCAGUAGGCCCGGUUCAGGUGUCUAGGACAGUAUUGUGGAGAUAGGAGAUUCUUGAAGCUGAGGUGAAAACAGCUGCGAGGCAGUGUUCGUUUAAGUCCCAUACCCCGGAGUGAAAAUGCCGUCCUUGGAACGUUUCAGCGACAACUUCUCAAUGGUGCUACGACCUGAGGCGAGGAUAGCGUCUGAGGUUCGCUACCUUGGUUGGAAUGUGGCACCAGAGGAUCUCCCACAUAUUCCCGAACAUUGGUUAAAAUAUCCGGAACCUGAGGCAUCCCUCCACUACCUGCUUGGAUUAUUGUACAUCGCCUUCACGGUGUUCGCCUUGGUUGGCAAUGGCCUAGUUAUUUGGGUAUUUUCAUCCGCCAAAUCGCUACGAACGCCGUCCAACAUUUUUGUAGUGAAUCUGGCGAUUUGUGACUUUCUGAUGAUGGUCAAAACGCCUAUUUUCAUCUACAAUUCCUUUACGAGAGGCUUCUCGGCAGGCGUUGUGGGCUGCCAAGUUUUCGCUUUCAUUGGUGCACUUUCGGGUAUUGGAGCAGGUGCCACGAACGCGUGUAUCGCCUACGACAGAUACAACACUAUCGCACGUCCCUUUGAAGGAAAGUUGACUCAUACCAAAGCAGUUUUCAUCACGUGCCUUGUGUGGACAUACACCAUUCCUUGGGGAGUCCUCCCACUACUGGAGAUAUGGGGUCGUUUCGUUCCUGAGGGAUAUCUAACGUCGUGCACAUUCGACUACCUCACCAAUACUUUCGACAAUCGAAUGUUUGUCGGUACAAUAUUCACCUUUAGUUAUGUUUUGCCGAUGAGCCUGAUCAUAUACUACUACAGCCAAAUCGUGAGUCACGUCUUCAACCAUGAGAAAGCACUCCGCGAGCAGGCGAAGAAAAUGAACGUUGACUCGCUGCGCUCCAAUCAAAACCAAAACAAUACAUCGGUCGAAGUACGAAUCGCUAAGGCGGCCAUUACGGUUUGCUUUUUAUUUGUUGCCUCGUGGACCCCGUACGGGGUGAUGGCACUCAUCGGAGCCUUCGGUGACCGAAAUUUGCUGACACCGGGAGUUACCAUGUUUCCCGCUUGUGCCUGCAAAUUUGUUGCCUGUCUCGAUCCGUAUGUUUACGCCAUCUCUCACCCCAGGUACCGAAUUGAGCUGCAGAAAAGAUUACCUUGGUUGGCUAUCACCGAAUCAAUACCUUCUGAUACCGCAUCAACGACAACGGAUGCAACGACAAAUUCGGCGCCCACAGCGUCCUAAUAUAGAAAAUAAAUUACUUUACUCAAAUGUAUUAUCCUAAUCAUACGGGCAAAACAUAGUAGUAAACAUGCUUACUAUGCCCAAACAAAACGAAGUAAAAACUGAUGUUACCUGAUGACGACAAAUGCUACGGUUUGAUUGACUUGAAUAUAGAUUUCCGUGAAAUAUUACAUAUUAUAAAUGUGAAAACAGAAGCAAAUAAAAUGCAAUGCAUGAAAAUCAA